CAGACUAGCCCAGGAAAUAGUCACUUUCCUCUCAGUUGGCUUUGCUGGGUGACGAGGGAGACCUUUCCCAGGUCACUGUCUUCUUGCCUGCCCCAUCUCCACUUCCAGGAAAAGUGGCCGAGGGGGAGGUCUGACGGACUCUCAGAUGACAAUAGAGAGAAUGGAGAACGUGGAGGUCUUCACUUCUGAGGGCAAAGGCAGGGGUCUGAAGGCCACUAAAGAGUUCUGGGCUGCAGAUGUCAUCUUUGCCGAGCGGGCUUAUUCCGCAGUAGUUUUUGACAGCCUCAUAAAUUUUGUGUGCCACACCUGCUUCAAGAGGCAGGAGAAGCUCCAUCGCUGCGGCCAGUGCAAGUUUGCCCAUUACUGUGACCGCACCUGCCAGAAGGAUGCUUGGCUGAACCACAAGAAUGAGUGUUCGGCCAUCAAGAGAUAUGGGAAGGUGCCCAAUGAGAACAUCAGGCUGGCAGCCCGCAUCGUGUGGCGGGUGGAGAGAGAGGGCACCGGGCUCACAGAGGGCUGCCUGGUCUCCGUGGAUGACUUGCAGAACCACGUGGACCGCUUUGGGGAGGAGGAACAGAAGGAGCUGCGGGUAGACGUGGACACGUUCUUGCAGUACUGGCUGCCCCAGAGCCAGCAGUUCAGCAUUCAGUACAUCUCGCACAUCUUCGGAGUGAUUAACUGCAACGGUUUCACUCUCAGUGAUCAGAGAGGCCUGCAGGCAGUGGGCGUGGGCAUCUUCCCCAACCUGGGCCUGGUGAACCAUGACUGUUGGCCCAACUGCACCGUCAUAUUUAACAAUGGCAAUCAUGAGGCAGUGAAAGCCAUGUUUCACACCCAGAUGAGAAUUGAGCUCCGGGCCCUGGGCAAGAUCUCAGCAGGAGAGGAGCUGACCGUGUCCUACAUUGACUUCCUCAAUGUCAGUGAAGAGCGCAGGAAGCAGCUGAAGAAGCAGUAUUACUUUGACUGCACGUGUGAGCACUGUCAGAAGAAGCUGAAGGAUGACCUCUUCCUGGCCGUGAAAGACAACCCCAAGCCCUCUCAGGAAGUGGUGAAGGAGAUGAUACAAUUCUCCAAGGAUACACUGGAAAAAAUAGACAAGGCUCGCUCUGAAGGUUUGUAUCAUGAGGUUGUGAAGUUAUGCCGGGAGUGCCUGCAGAAGCAGGAGCCAGUGUUUGCUGACACCAACCUCUACGUGCUGCGGAUACUUAGCAUCGUUUCAGAGGUCCUCUCCUACCUCCAGGCCUUUCAAGAGGCCUCAGACUAUGCCAGGAGGAUGGUGGAUGGCUACAUGAAGCUCUACCACCCCAACAACGCCCAGCUGGGCAUGUCUGUGAUGCGGGCAGGGCUGACCAACUGGCAUGCUGGUAACAUUGAGGUGGGGCAUGGGAUGAUUUGCAAAGCCUAUGCCAUUCUCCUGGUGACUCAUGGACCCUCACACCCCAUCACUAAGGACUUAGAGGCCAUGCGGGUACAGACAGAGAUGGAGCUGCGCAUGUUCCGCCAGAAUGAGUUCAUGUACCACAAGAUGCGUGAGGCUGCCCUGAACAACCAGCCCAUGCAGGUCAUGGCCGAGCCCAGCAAUGAGCCAGCUCUGGCUCUGUUCCAUAAGAAGCAAUGAGGACCUGGUGGGGGAGGGGCAACGUGACUGGGGAGCUGGGGAGAGGUCUGGGGGUGGUGGGUCUCGGGGAGACCCUUCUUGAGGACCCAGGCUAAUGCCCAACCUUGUUGCUGUGAGAUUGUUAUGACCUGUGUUCCCCAGUGUCAUCUUGGUUCAAUUCAAAUCAAUUCAAUUUAAGUUAACUUUGUUCAGGCCAGUCCAACUCCUCCUGCAAAUGUUUAUUGGAUGCUAGGUCCUGGCACCCAAUAAAGGAGUUUCACAUGUAGUUGGAUGGGGAAGCAAAAUAUAAACAAACAUUUAAAGUGCAGUGUAAUACAUUCAGUGAUGAAUUAUGCUGAGGAGGGAUGCAGAGACUGGCAUGUGCCUGGAGUGCACACACAGCAUGGAUAUCAUGGAAGAAGUGACAACUGAGCUGAGGGUGGCAGGUGGCAGCUCAUCCCUCUGUGCAGGUGUCUCUGGGGCCACUGGAGACACCAGGGUCUGGAGUAUUCAGGAUCUGGAUGUAGGAUGGGUGGUGUCCAGUGUCCUCAGGUUAGUGUGGCGUGAUGAAGACGGGGCUGUGUUUGGGCCAUUGAUGUUCUAUUUGGAGACCUGAAACCUUUUCAGAGUGGAGCAUGUGCAGAAAUGGGGGUGGGGAGGCUUGCACAAACCACCUGAGGCUUCCAUUAAAAUCUGGGUUAAGUAUAGUUCUAGAAAUAUUUCUAGAACACACAGAGAGGGAAAGUUUCCUUUCUCCACUUUCAUCAUGAGGGCUUGUGGCUCCCUGGGAAGUGAGGGCUACUUGAACAACGGUCUGUGAUUUCUCUGUCCAUUUUCCAAGUAGGAUUGAAAAAGUCUUUUCAGGGUGGAGCUGAGAGAGAAACUUAGAAACACACAGACCUGGUGACUAUAGCUUCAGCAGAAUGGGCCCUUGGUGACUUAAUUUGGUUACUUGUGCCUGGGUGGUCUUUACCAGGCCCCAGUGAAGCUCCAUUCUCAGUGCUAAUUACCACUAGUAUUCAUUACCACUUCCCCUUGAUCAAUAUCUUUCCAUGCCCUGGGGACUUCUGCUCUUCUCAGAAGGAGAAUUCUAAUCUGGACUCCUCUCUGCCUGGGUUGGGAUUUCUCAGAGAAUGACUUAUUCUCAUCUCCUGGAAGGCUGUCAUGAUUUCCAUUAGAGAAGUGAGGGUCCUGGGAACCAACCCAUCCCAAGAUUGGCUUGUUACAUUCUGAGGUGUCACAUAUCAAUUUGGCGGGGAGCUCCUGUAACAAAGUCAUUCGGUUGGGAGUGUUACCAAGACUUUCACACGACUUGGAGCUACUAUGGACCCUAGAGCUCUGCCUAACAUCUUGAAAUCAAGGGAUCCCAUGAUGUCCCAAAUUUGUUAUCUCUGCCUAAAAUACUAGUCCCUUCAUCUUCACCUUUUCACCCCCAGAAUGAUUCACUGUCUCCCUGGGAACCCUGUCUAGUGGUUGAAAACUGCAAAUGGGCCACCUUUUCACAGAAUGCGCAUAUCUGAUGUUUGGGUCUUCAUUGGGGACACUCCUUUCUAGAAGGUUUUAUGGGAAAACUGACAGUUUUUUCACGCCCUCAUACCACUAACUUCGGGAUAGCACUGACAUUCUCUCAGGGACCUAACGGGCAUAUUCAAUUAUCACUCUUCUACCCCCGUAUAAAACACCCCAGGGAAACUGUCUUCCUUUCUUCAUCACUGUUGUCUGCUAAACCACUAGUCAGUUCCCCAUAUUCAUAGCCACAUUUUGGAUCCCAUCUUCCUAAAGUCGCAGUGCAGAGCACACCACAAACUGUGCUCUGUGUCUAUGCUCUCCUCCCACUUCCCUCUCAGACCGGGGCAUGUGAGUCCCUCCUCCCCACAGCUGACUCCCCACCUGUGCUCUGGGCCCUUUCCGUCGUGGCUCCAGACUAUGCUUCAUCCAUUAUUGCUUCUUCAUCCUGAUCCUUGACAUUUCUCUACUCACUGGCCUUCUUAAGUGGAAUCUAUAAAAAUGGUGGGGACUCUUGGAUCAUAAUCUUCAAAGCUGAAUAUGUACUUUUAGUCAUAUAGUUAUUAUCAGCCUUUUUUUCACCUUCCAAUUCUUCCUGGACCCACUAAAACCGGAUUCCAUUCCUGCUUCUCCACUAAAAGGGCUCUAACCAAUCCUAGCACUCUGGGAGGCCAAGAUGGGUGGAUUGCCUGAGCUCAGGAGUUCAAGACCAGCCAGAGCAAAAGUGAGACACUGUCUCUACGAAAAAUAGAAAAAACUGAGGCAAGAGGAUUGCUUAAGCUCAAAAGUUGGAGGUUGCUCUGAGCUAUGAGGCCAUGGCACUCUACCCAGGGUGACAGCUUGAGACUUACACACACACACAAAUAGGGUGGUGCCUGUGGCUCAAUGGAUAGGGCGCAGGCCCCGUAUACCAAGGGUGGAGGGUUCGCACCAGGCCCCGGUCAAACUGCAACAAAAAAUUAGCCAGGCAUUAUGGUGGGCGCCUGUAGUCCCAGCUACUCGGGAGGGUGAGGGAAUCACCUAAGCCCAGGAUUUGGAGGUUGCUGUGAACUGUGAUGCCACAGCACUCUGCCCAGGGUGAUAAAGUGAGAUUCUGUCUAAAUAAAUAAAUAAAUAAUAAAAU